AUGGUGAGUUUUUAUGAGCUGUGGUCGCGUGGCAUCGACCUAUGGGUGACGGCAGUGCUUAAGGACCUAAGACGACACCGCAAGAAGGCCCUCCUUAGACUUCUGGCUACAAUCGCACGCCGUAGGGGCUAUGAAGCGAUUUCGGAGGCGAUAAUCCACUGUCGUGGCGACCGCCUGGAUCCGUUGAUGAUCUUGCUUCUAAGACUAUGUGAACUGUCUCGUUUCAAAGAUGCAGCCAAGAGCGACAGCACAAACUCCCCAAAUCUGUUCAAGCAGCAGAGUCAGAAUGGGGGUGACCAGCGUGCCAAGGGCGAAUCGCAGGCGGCGAUGUCGGCUACCAGCACAUUGAGUCGUUGCAUCCUUUCUGCCCUUACACCUCUGCUGUUGCAUGUUUUCGUCACUCGUCGCAAGGUGCCUCUGAAGUUGCAAGGGCUGUGCCACUGCUACUCGGCUAUAAUGUCAGAUGUGAUGAAGUUCCUGGAGAACACGGGCAAAACUGUUUCCUCCCGCGGCCUCCGGUGCACGAAAAGCGCUACACGUUCUCGCACGUCACGUAGCUUCAGGCGAGCGGGGCCGGUUGUUGGGAUAAGUGCAAGCAACAAGUUGGAUCGGAGUCUAUUACGUAGUCGCGCAGUGUUGGCGUGGUUACGCCAAGCGGACCCCUCGGAAAGCGCAUCGGCGACUGAGAUCGUUAUGCGCGUGAAGGCAUCAUCCGCCGGCAAUGGUCAUCUGGUGGACAACGUUUCGGGGCUGCAGGCUGUGCUAGUGGCGGUGGCGAACUCUUGCAACCUGGAAUCGUCAGCUGCCAUCCCGUCAUCGUUGCAUCAACUGCAUGACCAGUUUCCGAGCAGCCAGACCGACAUAAAAGCUCGCAUUGAGAAUGCCAUAGUUUACUUGCAGCGUAUUCGCAGUCUGGAUCUCGACUACAAGUAUACGCGGAGUCAGAUGCUCCGCGAUGCGGCCAAAUCUUAUGCAGCCCUGCGUCAGGGUCGGGAGGGUCGCAGCGACAAGCCUGUACGAGAACAAACCGUGUGGCAUACCAUUAAGGAUCACAUCUCUCGUUACCCAACGAUAUGGAGACAUCAUGACCCAAUCGCAACUCCUUCGUACUGUUAUGACACAGCGAAAACUGGUCCACAGUGUCCACCUCUGGAUGACGCUCAGGUGUCAACAGUAGUGGGUAGAUGCCUAGUUUUUUGUGGUGAUCAUUUGAGUGGAUUCUCGAAGAUCUGUAGCGCCGUUAAUCAUGCUGGAUCUGGUAUUCGUGGGCCGCUGCACAGCCGGUUGUUACACUUGGCGGCGGGUGCUAUGGUCGGCAGCUGCCCACCGGAAGAGGAUACUGGCGAUACUUCCAUCCUAAAAUUACGGACGGUAGACAUGGCAUACUACGCCUUUCUAAGAGUAGUUGAAGCCGUAUGUGGAACUAGGCUCAUCGCUAUAGAACCCAGGUGGCUGCGCCCACCUUCGCAGUUGGCCGUGCAAUGGGUUGUUGACGAUGUGAUGUAUUCCGUUGCUGAGCACGGCAUCUCAGAAUCAGAAGCGCAAAAAGAUGAUGUUGUAGACGAUACUAACGUCAAUGACGAUGCGAAAGUAGACAUGGAUAAGUCAAACCGCGCAACCCAUGAGACCCCUGUGGCCACCACAGUAACGACGCCUAAGCGGUCGUCAGUUAAGGGUUUUAGUAGUCUACUUGCUAACAGAAAUGCCAUAGUGGCGUCGCUGUCAGAAUCGGUAGGAAGGCGGAUAUACCUGUCCGAAGACGCUGCACUGUGCAUUCUGAGAGCGCACGCUACAAUUUUUAAAGUGCACUUUGACCACCUCAGGGAGGCUUUUAAAGACAUGCACGAGACGUUUACAGCUACUGCCACCAGUUCAGAUGGGGAAAAGGAAAGUCAAGGAAACCGCGAAUCACUUGUUGCCCAUGUUAACGAGCUUUUUGCAGCAAGGCGGUCAGAUGAGGACGGCAGUAAGAGAUCAUUAUCUCGUCUGAUGGAAUCUUACACGCUGUUCGCAUAUGCGCGUCUGGUGUUUUCGCAACUGUCAUUGCGCACAUCCAACGAGAUGUUCCCGCGAGCUUUCUGGCUCUCCAAUCGCCACAUGGACCUGCUUGGACGUAGAGUUCGGGGAGAUUGUCCAGCUCUUUACGGCGGCAAACGUGUCAGAAGGACGCGUAUUUCCGUAAACAACCAUCUCCGUGAGGACAACGCCAACAGAGACUGGGCGAGUGAUUCCGCUCCCAACGUGCUCCGCACAGAUGGCAAGGAAACUGAGCUGUCGGAGCCACAAAUUACUGCCCUGAAGGAGGACCAGAAGCUGCGCUCAAUGCUGUCUAACAAGGUUUUGCGGAAGGUGCUUCGAAAAAUCGCAUCGUCUCCGGAUCCAGCGUCCGCAAUUGCUCCAUAUAUGCGUGACGAGUUCUUUUCCGGGUUCGUAACGCAAGUCCUCGAGACGUUGGACGCCGUGAAUGAGCCAGCUGCGGAUGACCCAUCGGCAUUAAACAAGUCGUAA